GAGCAGAUACGCAGGAUGUGGAACGAACCGCCAGAGUUUUGCGUCUACGUCCCCGAUACUCGUGGCGAGAAUGAAAAAUGGUUGUCGCAGCAAGCUUGCAGGGUAACCAUCGAAUUAUCAAAGACCUUCGAGUGGACAUUGGUUGAUGUGAACCACGCAGCCGAAAGCGCCAUGCGCAUCCAUCUCGCUGAAGUGGACAAGUUCCGCGCGACACUUUCGCGGGGGCUCAACAUCGUGAAAUCACAUCAUGAACUACUUGAGUUGACCCACAAAGACAUCUACAAUAACCGGCAAG